UCUCAUAGAAAAUUAAUUAUAUAUGAGAAUAGUUGUGAUUAUCUUAAAUUACAUUGUUUACAGUGUUUUACUGAAUUCUUUUCGUAAUGGCUUCGAUAAUGUGCUUACCUGAAGAGUUGAUAGCUCGUAUUCUUAGCUAUAAUGAUAUCAGUAUUGAGGAUAUCAUUAACUUCAGAUGCACGUGCAAACAAUUCGAGUGGGCAGCCAAAUACGGCAAGUAUUGGGAGAAAAAGUUUUCUCAGAGGUGGCCUUUUGCGAAGAAAUUUUGUGACAAGAUAUUCAAGGAAAAUGAGCAAAAAGAAUCUGAAAAGAACGAACAGAAGAAUAAAAAAAGUUUAAAUUUUAUGGAAACGGGCAUUAAGUGUGCGAGACAAUUACGGAAUUACGUGUCUCAAUUCAUUCAUGAUCAUUUCUAUAUCCACUUCGAUUUUUCAAUAGAUAAUUUCAUAAAUUUGGAAACUGUAUUUUGUUUUGAUAAAGAUUUAAAUAAAAUAAUUUGUAAGCCUGAUAAUUUUAUAAAUAUUUUUUUCUUUAUGGAUGAGAUUAAAAGCUUGCUUGCCCAAUCUCCACGAAGAGCGGGUUGCGACCUAACGGAAAGAUAUUGCAAUAUAAAAUUGUUUUAUUAUCUGAGGUACCAUUUGAUAAGAGAGUAUUGGGAAAGAUUUGAAGAACAACCUCACAAAAAGCUACUUUUGGAACUAGGUGCUACUAUUAUAGUACAAAGGUUCCAACCCCAAAAGGAUGUAUUUUAUUCGAUCAUAAAAACGUCACUAGAUAAUAUUGCAUUAGAAGUAUUGAAUUAUCUCAGAGAAGAACAUCCUGACCAUUCGAUAUUUUCAACGACUGCUGAAAAUUUUGCCUAUUGGAAGAACAACAAUAUCGACGAUAAUCAUUGGGAUGAAAUGGAAGGAACGCAAAUUAUGAAUGCACUCGAGGAAUAUAUCUUUGACAAAUUAAACUUCAAACUAAACAAAUCGAAAAACAUAGAUUACAUGUGUAUAGAUAAUGUCUUAGAAAGGAAAUGUGGCGAGGAAAUAAUUUUAUUUAUAAUAUAUCAGAGUGUGGCGAGAAGACUUGGCCUACGUUGCGAUAUAAUAAAGUUGCCACAUUGCUCCCGUGUAUGUAUAUUUUGGAAGCCAAAAUAUGUCACGAGUAGUUUAGAAGAUGUAAGAUGUUUUAACUUAAGUUAUGCCACAUUCCCGGAUUGUCUCGUCGAGCAACGGUGUUCUGAAAAACCUUUAGCAAUAACAGCUGAAGAGAUACGGCAGAAUUUGAUAGAAAUACUUAUAUGUAUGAACGUAGAAUGGUGUAAAAACACUUUAGCGCCUAUGCCGCCAAAAGCAAUUAGAGACGUCUGGGAUAUAAAUUUAAGAGAGCUCAAUUUUCACGUUUAUAUAAAAAAACAAUCAAAUAUAAGACCGAAGGAAAUAAAAUUUGCGGUUGGAAUGAUUGUAGCACAUAAUCAUAAAAGAUUUGAUCACUCUUUAAGUAGUUCUGCCGGUGUAAUAGUCGGAUGGCACCGAUAUGAAGAUCAUGUGAUGUUCCCUAGAUACAAUUUAAGGAAACCGUUAAACAUUCUCUGUAGCAAUUUUAAUAGUAAAACACAUUACAUAAUACUUGGUGAAAAUAAUAAAACGUAUUACGUCGAAGAGGAUGCUAUAACUAAAACAACGCCGAAAUGGAUCGAUAAUAACGAAAUAGGGCUCUACUUUUGUAAAUUUGAAGACACGCAUUAUGUGCCAAACGAAAUACUGGCGACAUGUUACCCACAUGAUGCCGCUAUAACUGCAGCAAUAUCUGACGAUUAG